AUGGCGUUCAAUGGAGAACUCUUUGACAUAUUUUCAUGGCUGCCAGCGAAGAGCUUGUACAGAUUAUCGUCAGUUUGCAAAUCAUCCAAGGAACUGCUGUCUGAUGACUUUUUCAUUCGAAAACAGUUCAAGAACAUGCAGUUGGUCUCGGACAGGGAUUUCUUUAUCUAUCCUGAUAUCUUCCAGAGGUACAGGAUUGGCAACCUGGAGUUCCACGCAUUAUCCUCCAAGAAUUCCAACAGCAGCCUGCCUCUUGAAUCCCUGAAUUUCUUGGCAAACCAUGGCAAUAUCAUCGCUUCCAGCAACGGUCUGCUUUGCUGCAGAAACAUCGGUGAUGACGAAAACCCGUUGUUUCUUUUCAAUCCGACAACUUGGAGCUAUUUGCCUAUCCCCUUGCCAGAUGAGAGAUCAACUUUUCGUCUUUUAAACAUCGUUUUUGUGUGUGAAAAAGACGAAGACAGCAAAGACGAUUUCUUAUUGCUGACACUAUUUAGCCCUGACGAGUGGGGUGAGAAAUUCCAUUCCAAGAUUUACUCUCCUGAAGAAAGAACUUGGAGGGAUGGAGGGAGAGUCGAUGUUGGCCAAAGAGAUAUGAAUUUCGAGCAUAUGGUCAAGCAGAACGGAGUGGUUUACAUGGUUUCCAAUUGCUUCAACUAUUUUGCAAAGGGAAGCAGGUUCUUCUGGCCUUAUAUUGUGGCUUAUGACAUCAAGAAUUCCAAUUCAAGAUUCUUGAAAAUACCAAAAGGUGCAAGAAAAGGAGUUUGGGACUCCAUGCUACGCAUAUUCAAGUGGGGUAAUCAUCCCAACAACUCUGAAUUUAACUCAAUAUGUUUGGUUAAAUUGUUGAAGAAUACUUUCACUGUAUGGGUGUUGGUACGUACAAGGUCUUCAUAUUACUGGAAGCGGGUUUUCAGAAUGCGAGUAAAAGCCAUGGCAUUGGCACUAUCUAAAAUUGACCAUCUUAGGGUGGAAGGUUUUGCCGUUUUCAAUGGGAGUUUUCUGAUAUUUGCAACUGAACGAAAGGUUUAUAGUUUCAAUCUUAUAGAUGGGGAAGAAGCCGAAGAAGUUUGUGGGCAUCAAUUUGGAAACUAUGUUCGUUUCGCAUCGUUCUCCAGUACUCUUCGUCCAUGCGGACCUGGUGCAAUAACAUUGCCAUUGCAUGCCUGA